AUGCCCAGUCCACCAUCUUCAACUCUGGCGGCCCUCCCGACAACCUUCCUACCAUCGCUCACGGUGCGACGCCUGGCACACACGACGACAUGGCGACCAUGUCGCGAGAGGUGGUUCGCUUCCGCAGCGACACCGCUUUCACAUAACCCUCCCGUCUUGCCCUUUCGAUUCGAAACUGGCAUCGGCCUGUUCGCCAAACGAACGCCCCGCCCGUUCCCCCCGCCAUUUCUCUCCCCUCCGUCUACGUCCUUCACAGAUCCUCUGAGUACGCAUCACCAGAGCCGCGACCGUCGCGCCUUUGUCAACGGGGAGCUUAUCAGAGGCAAGACAAACGGCGACGAUGCUGUCUACGCCAGCGAUUAUUUCAUCUGUGCCAACGACGGUGUGGGAGCCUGGGCGACCCGUCCGAGAGGGCAUGCUGGACUCUGGUCAAGACUGAUUCUUCAUUUCUGGUCGGCUGCUAUUGAGGAGCAGCGCAUCCGUUGUCUCUCAUCGGAGCCUCCUCAAGAACCUGACCCCGUUGCCAGUCUACAGACCGCGUACGAACAGACCCUCGAAGCGACAACGUCGCACGACUGCUUAGGUACAACGACGGCCUGUGGCGCGCAGUUGCACUUCAAAACCUGCCCAGACGAUGAGGAGCAAACAUCGCCUGUUCUCUACGUAACUAAUGUCGGCGACUGCAAGGUCAUGGUCCUCCGGCCAAGUGCCGAGAGGGUGAUUUACAAGACGGUGGAGCAGUGGCACUGGUUCGACUGCCCGCGGCAGCUGGGGACCAACAGCCCCGACACUCCCACCGGCAAUGCGGUUAUGGACAAGGUCGAUCUAGAAGUUGGCGACAUUGUGCUUGCGAUGAGCGACGGGGUAAUCGACAAUCUCUGGGAACAUGAGAUUGUAACAAGGAUACUCAAGAGCGUGAGGGAAUGGGAGUCUGGGGAGCACGCAGAGGCGCACCAGGGUGAUCGCACCGGUGGUCGCAAUGGAGGGAUGAGGAUAGCAGCGCAAGAUCUUAUGGCUGCUGCAAAGGAGAUUGCCGUGGAUCCUUUCGCUGAAAGUCCAUUCAUGGAGCAUGCGAUCGAGGAAGGCUUGGCGAGUGAAGGUGGAAAACUCGACGAUAUCAGCGUUGUCGCAGCCCUCUGCGUAAAAAACGAGAUUUGA